AUGUCUCGUGAAUUCGACAAUAUACUCAAUUUCCGUGACGUCGGCAAAACCGUGAAUGAGUUCCUUGGCAGAAGAGCCCUGAAAGAAGGCUUACUCUACCGGUCAGCCCGACCAGAUGACGCCACGGCAGCGGACCGGCAACGGCUCAAGGAGACGUACGGCGUCCGGACGGUAAUCGACCUGCGGACCAAGACGGAGCACCUCAAGCAAGCCCAGAAGCGGGCGGCCGACCUCAAGGUGCCGGCGCUGCUCGAGUCCAAUGCCGCGCUCGCCGAGCCCGUCCAGAUCCCCGGCCUGCGGUACCUCGAGAUUCGGGUCACGGGCAAGAAGUUUGAGAAUCACCUGAUCAAGCAGCUGGGCUGGAGGAGGUACUUAAAGUUGAUAUCGCUAUAUCUUACCGGUUAUCGCAUCGAAGCAAUUCGUAUCAUGGCCCAUGAUGUCAUGUUGCCUCGGGGUCUCGUAGGUAUGGGUUUUGACACAUUGGACCAGUCUGGGGAAGAGAUUGCUCAGGCCCUCCGCGCCUUCAUUGAGCCAGCAUCCCUCCCCGUCCUGGUACACUGCACCCAGGGCAAGGACCGAACGGGCCUGACGGUGGCCCUAUGCCUGCUGAUCCUGGGCGUGUCCGUCGACGCCGUCGCCCACGACUACAUGCUCACGCAGACGGCGCUCAAUGAAGAGGCGCCGCCCGAGGAGAGGCAGGCGCGGCUCGCCGAGAUUGAGGAGAUGGGCCUCACGCCCGCGUGGGGUGAUUGCCCGCCUGAUUUCGUGGCCAAGGUCGCCGGGCACCUGCAAGAUCAGUAUGGAGGCGCCGAUAAGUAUCUAGAUGGCAUUGGCUUUGGUGAGAAGGACAGGAACAAGUUUAGAGAGUUGCUCUUAGCGUGA